AUGAGCUCUGACAUCGAUGAGCUAGACACAGACAAGCAAUUCUGUCAGAUUAAUGAAAUGGUCCCUAAAGGAACUCAGACAGCUGGCAAGGACGAAGAGCUCCAAGACAGAGUAGAAUUGGAGCUGCGUCGUCUCAAAAAACAACUAGAGAACGCAGAAAAUGUUAUUGCGCACCUUUCAGAAAGGGUGAAUACGUACAGAUACAGAUGGCUGGAAGAAUAUUACCGCGCCGACAACCUCGAGCGCCAUAUGCCGUGUGACAUCAAUGUGCCUGUGCUUGGUCAAAUUCCGGAGGGUACAGCAUCUCCCGCUUUCUGUCCAGAGCUCUUCACUUGGAAUGAAGGAGGAUCAGAACAAGGAGAUGGGGCUUCAAAAUGGGGUGACAAUAAAUUGUUAGAACAGCAUGGCACCAAAAAAAGGACCGCACCUGGUGAAUGGGAGGAUUAUGGAGCCGAGAAGAAUCUGUUGGCAGAGGAUGAGAUGCGCAGAACAUAA